UAAGAGGGCCGGGGUUGGGAGGCGGCACAACCAGGGGGGACGCCGAGGGAGCAGGACGAAGCCAUGGACCCCGCCAGGAAAGCAGGUGCCUGGGCAGUGAUCUGGACUAUAGGCUGGCUGCUGCUGCUUCAAGAAGGAGCGCAGGCCCUGGAGUGCUACAGCUGCGUGCAGAAAGCAGAUGACGGAUGCUCACCGCACAAGAUGAAGACAGUGAAGUGCCCGCGGGGCGUGGACGUCUGCACAGAGGCGGUGGGGGCGGUGGAGACCAUCCACGGGCAAUUCUCGGUGGCAGUGCGGGGCUGCGGUUCGGGACUCCCCGGCAAGAAUGACCGCGGACUGGACCUUCACGGGCUUCUGGCCUUCAUCCAGCUGCAGCAAUGCGCCCAGGACCGCUGCAACGCCAAGCUCAACCUUACCUCGCGAGCGCUCAACCCUGCAGGCAAUGAGAGUGCAUACCAGCCCAACGGCGCCGAGUGCUACAGCUGCGUGGGGCUGAGCCGCGAGGCCUGCCAGGGUACGGCGCCGCCCGUCGUGAGCUGCUACAACGCCAGCGACCGCGUCUACGAGGGCUGUUUCGAUGGCAAUGUCACCUUGACGGCAGCUAAUGUGACUGUGUCCUUGCCUGUCCGGGGCUGCGUCCAGGACGAGGACUGCACCCGGGAUGGGGUGACAGGCCCGGGGUUCACGCUCAGCGGCUCCUGCUGCCGGGGGUCCCGCUGCAAUUCGGACCUCCGCAACAAGACCUACUUCUCCCCUCAGUUCCCGCCGCUUGUCCUGCUGCCCCCUUCUAAGACCACCACUGUGGCCCCAACCACCUCUGUCACUGCUUCCACCCCAGCCCCAACCACCCGCACCUCUACCACCAAACCCACGUCAGCCCCAGCCAGCCAGACUCCUCCACGGGAAGCAGAACCUGAGACCUCGGGGAAAGAGGAAUCUAGCUUUCCUGGAGGUGCUACUGGCCACCAGGACCGUAGUAAUAGGGAGCAGUACCCCGCAAAAGGUGGGGCCCAUCAUAAUGGCUUUGCCACUGCCUGGGCCGGGUUGGCGGCUCUUCUGCUGGCAGUGGCCACUGGCACCCUGCUAUGAGCUUCUCCACCUGGAAACCUCCUCUCUUCCCAUUCCUUCCCUUUCCCACCACUGGACUGGGCUGGCCCAGCCCUUGUUCUUCCAAUCUUACCCCCAGUAUCCCCAGCUUCCGCUGCACUGGUUUGCGGCUUCGGGAAAUAAAGUUACCGUUGUAUAUAUCCUGCCAGGGUGUUCUAGCUUUUUGAAAGCAGCUGAUGUAUCCCCCUCAUCUUUGUGUCUCCCUGUCUCCUCAUGGUGCCUAGGAGAGACAGCACAGUCAGAGCUGUCACAGGGAAGGUGGGAGAGACACGAUAAGCUUCCUAUUCGCCUUCUCACAGCCAACUUGGAAUAAGGGGGGCGGGACGCGAUCCUAGUUCCCUCCUUUGAUGGCUGCUGCCCCUGCCCCCAUCUUUGUGGGAAUCGAUUUGGCGUCUGGCUUCCUUACUAGACUGUGAGCUCCUCAUGGGCAGGGACCGUGUCUUGCCUCUGUGUGGUCAGUUUCUGGCACAUAAAGGCCUCAAUAAAAGUUUAAUUACUUUGUAUAGUGGUUUAAAGGAGUCAUUUCUGCCACAUUUCUUAUAAUAACCUCUUGAAGCUGAGCAAAGGCGGGAAUGCCAAGACCUGUAACAG